AUGGAUCCGCUGAACUUCACUGUAGCCACAUUGAACUCCUCCUUUCCUGAACAUCCACCUCAUGCUUCCAGCCGUCUGCUCCCUGCUGUGGUUUUGUCUCUCUGCUUCCUGUUUGGAGUUCCUGGAAACAUCGCUGUGAUGGUCCUCAAACCAAACCGGCAGCACAUGUCCAGUCUGAGCCUGAGCUUGAUGUUGAAUCUAGCCGUAUCAGACCUGCUCUGCCUGCUUCCAUUGCCUCUCUGGAUUUACAUUUUACUGAACAGCUGGACCCUCGGCCUACUGGCCUGUAAGCUCCUCAUGUAUGUCAUGACCUGCAGCGUUUACUGCAGCCUCCUGACAGUGCUGACGCUCAGUGUCCAGCGAUAUCUUCAGGUGGUGCACAAGAAGAAGUUGCUCAAAACUGGAGGAAGAAGGAGGCUGCUGACUCUGCUGUGGCUGGCUGCAAUGAUCCUGUCCAUCCCUGCUCUUGUAGUUCGACAAACAAUCACUGAUGAAAUUUCAACAAAGUGCCUACCUCUCUACUCCUCCCAAACCCAGAAGGUGGUCGUUCUGCUGACAGAAUCUCUGCUGGAGUUAACCUCAGUUUCUGCUGUGGUGUUAUCAUACAUCCAGAUCUGCAGAAAAGUUGAACAGGCAACUUUCUUCAACAACCCACAGACAAACCGGCUGAUCACAAGCAUCAUCGUCACCUUUCUUGUCUUCUGGGUGCCUUAUUUGAUCAUUAAUGUUAUUGAUCUGGCAGCUUCUGUGUUUCAAAGUGAGCGCCUGAUGAAGUUUUGUGCAGACAACUGGAACAAUGUUGGAGCACUGACUUUUGUGAAUAGCUGCUUGAAUCCUCUCCUGUAUGCAUUUGCUUCUAGAAACAUCUGUGGUGGGUGCUUUAAAAGUGAAUAUAAAAGCAGCUGUUGGUGUAAGAGCUCCACAACCCAGGAAGUUGAAAACAUGUCCAGCUUCUAA